GAUUAAAGAUCAGUGGUUAAAAAGAAGCUGGUAAUGUAUAAUGGGCUUUGUUGUAAUAAAAGUAGAAAAAAAGUCCAAUGGGUUUCAGCAAGGCCCAUAAUAACUCUACCUUCGUUUUGACCCAAGCCCAUUAUAACUCCUCCUUCCUCAGUUCUUAAGCCAAACUAGAAAAGCUUGUACACGACGGCGUCGUUUUUUCCCCAAAAUUCGAUUGAACCACAACCGGAAAAACAAAACCCAGUGAGUGGUGAAAUUUGUUAAGUGAGAUUAAGAAUGGUUCUAUCAAAGAAGAAGCUUAAACAGAAGCUUAGAACUGAAUUAACCCUAAACCAAAUCAAUGCUGAAUCUAAUCCUCCUUCUUCAUCUUCCAACUCUCUUAAACAUCAUAUUAACUCUUCCAUCAACAAACCCAUUUUGUCUAAGAGAGAAAAACUCCGAAAGAUUCGACCUUUACAACAACCCAAUGAAAAUGAAGGAACCAAAAACAAUGAAAUUGGGAUUGAGGGUUUGGAAAAGAACAACAUUAAAAAGAGAAAAAGGAAUGAUGUUGAUGUUGUGGCUAACGAGGUUGUUGUUGUUAAGGAUACCAACAAAUCAGUGAAAAAGAAUGAUGGUGAUGUUGUUGUGGCUAAUGAAGUUGUCGUUAAGAGAGUAAAACAGAGAGUAAAACCCCGAUGGAUUCGUGAGGAUGAAGUAACUGAAAAAAUCAAUGAAAUUGGGACUGAGGGUUUGGAAAAGAUGAAGAUUAGAAAGAGAAAAAGAGUGAAACCAAAUGAUGGUGAUGUUGUGGCUAAUGAGGUUGUUGCUGUUAAGGAUACUGUUAAGGUUAUUAGCAAAUCAAUGAAAAAGAAGGAGCAGCAAAAGAAGAAGAAUAUGCAGAAGAAGAAUAGAAAGAAGAACAAAGCUGCAGAGGAAAAUGGCAAAACUGUAGAGGCAAGUUCCAAAGUUGCAGAGGAAAAUGGUUCUAAUCACCAAGAGGAAUUGCCACAAUCUAAUGGAUUGGCUAACACCAAUAUCACUGCCAGUCAAGAAAAUGGUGAUGCUUCUACAAAAGUUUAUGUUGGAGGAAUUCCCUACUAUUCAAGUGAGGAUGACAUUCGAAGUUAUUUUGAAGGCUGUGGCACCAUCACUGAAAUUAAUUGCAUGACUUUUCCUGACACUGGCAAGUUUAGAGGGAUUGCGAUUAUUAGUUAUAAGACUGAAGCAGCAGCCAAACGAGCAUUGGCUCUUGAUGGAGCUGACAUGGGAGGACUUUUUCUUAGAAUUCAACCUUAUAAAGCAACUCAAGCAACCCGGUUUACUCCGGAAUUGAAGGAGGGAUAUAAUAGAAUAUAUGUUGGAAGUUUAUCAUGGGAAAUAACAGAGGAAGAGCUGAGAAAAUUCUUCUCAAAUUGCAAUAUAAAGUCCAUACGAUUGGGUACGGACAAGGAAACGGGAGACUUCCGAGGGUAUGCUCAUGUAGAUUUCAGUGAUAGUAAGUCACUCAAGACAGCACUUGCAUUGGACCAGAGUGUCUUGUUUGGAAGGCCUGUCAGAAUAAGCUGUGCAGUUCCGUUGAAGAAAAAACCUGACGCGGGUGAAAAAUCAGUCGCAGAUUCUAAACAAGGUGCAGGUGAAAAAUCAGUUGCAGGUUCUAAACCAGGUGCUGUUGAAAAAUCAGUAGCAGGUUCAGGUGAAAAAUCAGUUGCAAGUUCUAAACCAGUUUCAGGUGAAAAAUCAGUUGCAGGUUCUAAACCAGAUGCAGGUGAAAAAUCAGCUGCAGGCGAGAAACCAGAUGCUGGAGAAAAAGAAACUGUUGAGAAACCGCCAAGUUCCGUUGUAAGUGGUGGCAAGAGGAAGAAUAGGAUGUGCUACGGUUGUCGUCAAAAAGGACAUAAUCUCUCAGAAUGCCCAAACCAACAAGCAGUUGCCUCUGCUACAAUCUAAAGCAUGUAGGAAAACUCAAUGACAUUGGUAAUUUUGUAUCUGUUUCGUCAUGAAGACGGUUUGAUUGUAGUUUAUUUUUGAAAGAGAAAAAUAGGGCAGUAUCUAUAGUGGACACUUUCCUUUCCUGGUCGUUACCACUUUUUUUUCCCUUGAUGAGAAUUGAUUCAGUUUUGAUAUAAGCUAGAAAAUAUUGGUGGGAUAAAGAAAUUCUCACUAGUUUGAGGUUUUAUUGAUUUAUUCACAAAUAGUUAGACAAUUUUUAUGUGAAUUAAUAGUAAACCUACCAAGUUUUUUUAUUGUUGUACCUUAACUUGGUGGUAUUCAUAAAGGCUUAUUGUGUUGGAUUA